AUGUCCUAUAUCGACAUUUCCCUCGAGCAUGGCGUUCUCCUAAAUUUGACCAUCCUUUUAUUUCUAUCUGUCAUUUUCCUUGCUUGGAACACCCUCAACAUCCCCAUCAAUCCUAAAAGGAUGUCGUCGCCUAGGACUUCCGCCGGGCCAAAGCAACCUGGACGAUGA